CAUAGACUGGAGUAGUGUUCAAAAGACUGUAAGCUUUAACUUCAAGUUAACUGCUGUUGUCAUAGCGAUCGUCAACAAUAAGUUUGCCAUCAAUUCAAUGGCCUCUCAAUGAAAAUACAUUGUCUAUGAAGUGGUAACCCAUACGAGUGGUCAUUGAGAGCACAUCCCGUGGUGACAAUGGUGUUGGUGAAGGCCAGCCAAUUCAGUGUCCGUCUCAUUAGGAUGGGCUGCAAGAACCGUCCGUUUUACCAGUUGGGAGCCCUUCCCACGAGACGCAGACCUAACCUAUUGCCCGAUGAAGUGAUCGGAAAUGUAGAUCCCGUUCCCAAUCAUAACAAUGAGAUCAUCGCGUGUGUGGACCUCAAACGACUGGCCUAUUGGACGGGAAAGGGAGUUAAAUUCAGUGGAGGCGCUCAGAGUGUGUUAGGACUGGGCGGUUGGUUCCCAAUCCCUCCCAAGACAUACAUGAGAGCGUUGGGGAGUCGGGAGAAGGAAAGGCAAGGAAUGGACACUAAGGCGAGCGAUGAGACCACAGAGGAUAAGGACAAAGACAAGGAUGAGUUUGUCAUCGAGAGAGUAAUCUCCAAGAAGCGAAUUUGCUGAGCACCGGUACCUCCAUUACCUCCAUUUCAUACAGUAGUUGUUUUAUAAAUUUGUAAUUAUAUUAAAAUAGUUAUUAUGAAUAAUAAUGAAUAAAUAAAAUAAUGCGCGAAUAAGUGGCACAAAACACAAAACAAACUCAUCUUUACUUCGUUUGAAAAUAGUUUUACAAAUGGUUUGAAUUAAAAGAUUAUAAUUAAAUUUUGC